UCACCUCCGUCCCCCUUCCCCUCAAUUCCGUUGUCUUUGUGGUUGUGCGCGGAGAUGACACAUUCCAGUAAACAUGGCAGGUGGAUGCUCGACUAAUGUUUUUAUAUAUUUGUUUAUUGUGAUCUCAUUAAUUUCGUCAUCUUGGUCGUACCUUGAAUAUAACCUAGAGAAUAGCAAAGUAUGUUCUAUGAUACGUAAGAGAGAGUUAACUUUGCUGAAGGAAAAUGAAAACUCUGGAAUAAUCUUGAAAGAACUUCGCUAUUUUGACAAUUGGUCUGGACCAUAUCCAUUUAUCUGCAACUUUACGGUCAAGGCACCUUGGGGACAUGGCAUUAUAGCAGUCAUUCAAAAUUUAAAUCUCCGUAAAAAUGAAUCUACUGAUGAAUGCAUCGACUAUGUGCAGUUUCAGAAACGAACUUUGUCACCAUUAAUGUUUUUCAAGUCAGAUUUCAUAAAAAGCACACAGUAUUGUGGAAAAGUCAACUCAAUCCGUGAUCCAGAUGAUGAUGAUGAAGAUACGGAAGAAAGAUUUAGAUAUGCACACAACGCAUUUGUUGAUGAAAAGGGCCAACUGGAUGUCACUAUUUCUGUAGCUGGCCAACGUCUGCUGCAAUCUCAAAAACUCGAUAUUGCGAUUACAUUUACUGCAUAUAAGAAUUGCAAGCAUGGUGACCAAGAUGGGCUGAAGGAAUGUAAAGAGGGGAGUGGCAUAUGCAUUUGGGAAGGUUUCUUCGAUGACAAAAAUGUCAAUUGUCCAUAUGAUGAUUGUUAUGAUGAAAGUGGCUGUCCAGUAAUUUCGUCAGGUGGAAAGAAACAGAGCUCUGGACUUGGAACCAAAGUCACUAUUGGAGCAGUGGUGCUCAUUCUUGGGCUCCUCCUCCUUUUCAUGUUAUGCCUCUUUGUUUGUCGCCGGUGCCAAGUGUUGUGCUGGUCGGGUCCUCCUGCUCCCAGACCUCAGCGUUCAAUACCUCAAUCGGUUCGUGUUGAAAUGAUGACAACGUCUGGCACAAGCGGAGACACUACCAGGCACGCUCAACCUACAGCACCACCUUUGUUACCACUCUCACAAACAGCGUCACCAGUUCAUGAAGAUAAGGACCUCCCUCCACCCUAUGAAUCCCUGUUUCCAUCAAGAUGAAAAACAACAACAAAAAACAACAAAAAAGAGUUAUAUUUUAGGUUAUAAAAUUAAUGAUCCCAGUGUUUAAUCCGUACUUUUGUCGAAUAUUUCUGCCCUUGGGAUGUGUAAGUCUUGUGAUCAUAUCAAAACUGUUCAAAACUUCUCAAAGUUACUACUUAUGUGCAUUUAUUCACAUCAUGGGAACUCAAUGGAUUCAUUGUGGAACUUCCCUAAGAUGUAAAGAUAAUAUAAGCUAUGUUUGGCUUAUUUGAAAGAGAAUCUAUUGCUUGAGGAAUUUGUGCCUAACUUAUUUUUGUAUGGGAUUUUUACAACAUUUUUUGUAAUGUUUCAAGAUUGAAAUUGAAUUUCUUUAUUUUUGUAGAAAAAUAUUAUUUUCAAUGUUAUUUGAAAGUUUUUUGGUGCAUUUAUAAAAAAUUUUCUUGCGGGAUCAUUUACCAGUGCCAACUUAUACCAGUUGACGAUGAACCAAUAAGAGACCAAGUUUAAUACUCAUUCAAAAUUAAUCUGUUGAACUGAAAUAAAAUCUUUCAUGUAAUCAAUCAAUUAAUCAUAUGCAUCUAUGUGAAUCAACUUUGUACAGUGUAAACUAGAGAAUGCUUAUUUUAAGAUUCAGAAAUAGAUAGUUCUUAGAAUCUUAGUACUAAGAGCAGGUCCUAAUUGAGAGUGUCUCUUGGAUUGAUACUCUUGGGACUUUUUGAAAUUAUGUUGAGCUGUAAAGCCGGAGGACUGAACUCUUAGUUUAUAUGACUAUUUUAUUUUUGUCUAUGUUAUCAACAUUGUGGACCAUUUCCAACUUGGAAAGAUUCUUGUUGUCAAUUGAUGGUACGAUCUCUGCUGCCAUUCCCUUUGUAAUUGAAUUUGUAUUAUUUGUUUUUAAAUUUAAUUUAGUUUGAAUCCACACCAUUCUAGUUUAUUUGCUGCUUAUUAAUGUGACUCAUCAACCUUAUGAAGUCUAAUUAUCAGCCUCCCUCCUUGUUUCUCCUCCAAACCUGUUUCUACUGCAAAAUAUUAAAUGCAGGAUGGUUUGUAUGAGCCUUUUGUAAUGUUUUAAAAAGUGUGUGGCAAGUUGGACUUUAUUUUGUGUUUUGUUUUUUUGUUUUGUUUCAUCUUGUGUCUUCUAAUGAUGGAGCAGCCAUGAGCUGUACAUUCUGCCGUCGUCUUUCGGCACUGGCCUCUAAGUGCAAACAACAGGCCUGUUUUUAUCUCUCCUGGAUCAGCUCUCGAAGAGCAUCUAGAAUUUAUUUCAAUUGUUUAAUGAUACAGUAUUUCUGACUCAAACGUCAGCAUGAUUUUUAACAUGAUUUAUCUCAUUUAUUUUGAUUUUUGAUUGAAUUUUGAAAAUAGCACUGUUACUUGUGUAAAAUAUAGCUGGAACGAGUAUUGUGCUUGGCUGAUAACUCUGUAUGUAGUGCAUUGUUUAUAAUCAUAUUGUUUCCUGAAUUGCUUCAUGUUGGUGUAGUAUUUCAUUUAUGUAACUCUUGUAUUCAGUUAUAUACUAGUCGCGCUUGUAAACUUCCUUCUAAGGGAGGUUCUUCUCUGUUGCAUUUGUCUCCAUGGCAAGGUUUGGGUUUUGAAUGAAUGUUUAAAGUACCCUUGAUGAGAACCGCUCCUGAACUACUUGAUGAACUUUUGUCCACCGCCGCCGGGAUAGGGCCAGGAUCAAAUGUGGACUGCUCCAUAUUUCUUAAACGGGUACUGUGGUUUAUGAAUGAAAUCCUGCUUAAAUUUAAGAUCUGUGGUAUUUUAAAUGGCUCGCUUUGCUCUUGGAUUCAUGUACCUUCAAAUAGAGUGUUACUCAAAAUUUUGUGCUACAGUUAAGCUUGAUCUUGUACCAAACAGGUUUUACUCUUUGUCAAAUCUGCAUGUUUCCACAGUCAGGUCAAAACCCAUUUUCUUUGUCAUUUCAGUAUUAUAUUGUAUGUGGGAUAGGGUGGAUCUUAAUUUCAGAUUUUAGACCCCCCUUUUUUGUUGGUUAUAUUGGAAGGGAAGGGCUUAAAGCUAGGCCUUCUUGGCCAAAAUUGUGUUGCUGCCAAACUAGAUAUGAUAUGAAAACAGCUUGGGUCUUAACAAUGAUUCUUAGCUUGUAGGAACAGUAAUGUACUCUGCAUCUCUUGAGACCUCACGCAUUCUGAUAUCACAUCUAGUGAUACAAAAGAAUCUUCCUUGAGACGCCAGAUUGAAAAUUUAAAAAAAAGAGGGGUCAGAAAUUAAGAUCCACUCUGAUGUGGGAGCCUGUAACCUGUAUUUUUAUUGCACAUGUAAGAUUAUUCAAAAUAGUAUUCAAUUAGGCUUGACAAGAAUUUGUGUUAUUUGAUUAUUGGUUGGGCUUUAAUCAAUCUAAGUGUCCCUCAUUCUAUAAUUAGUAGUUUGUUCACAUUUAGAGCAAACAGUAUUUUCUUUUGUUCAUCUCCAGAUUUUCUUUAGUGUUCCUCUUCAUCAUCGAAACAAUUUGUGAACUGGGUAUUCUGUAAAAUAUAUAGAUCGAGUUUCAUAUUGUUUUAAAUACAUAGAAUGGCUUGUGGUGCUCAAAAAGUUUUCAAAGACUUGUUACGGGAACACUCUGUUUAAUAUUGUUCAUCUUGGACCACUUUUUGAUAUAUGUGCUCACUUUUUUCCUAUUCACAUGAUUAUGUUAUUGUCUACAACUUCAAUCUCAUCGUUUGAAUUUGUUUGAUCUGAAUUGUUAUCACUUUGAAUAUUAUUGAUCUGAAUUGCAUAUGAUGUCUCUUUACUGCUUAUUUUUGUCAAAUUUUCUAUUGUAAACUUGAUCUGAACCUGUUAUUUUUUUUACUUCAAAUGAAAUGCCCUUUCUUAUUGAACUUGAACAAAUACAAAUGUAAAUUUUUUUGUGAGCGUCUUAAGUAUGCCACUUAUAUAUUCUGUGAUUUCUUAACUUUGUAAGUUAGUGUUUAUUUGGAGAUGUAUGCAAUGUUAUAUGUGUCAAAUAUAUUUGUGUGAUUUUCA